UUGGCUGUUUUGUGACUUUCAUGAAGACCCAGAAGCCUUAUAUUGCAAUGCUUUUUAUACAGUUUAUAUAUGCAGGGAUGGCCUUGUUCUCCAAGGCAGCGAUUUCUAAAGGAAUGAACCCUUUUGUGUUUGUCGUUUAUCGGCAAGCUUUUGCUUCUGUUUUCUUGGCUCCAUUUGCUUUCUUUCUUGAAAGUAACAAGGCUGCUCCUCUGUCAUACACCAUUCUCUGCAAGAUUUUCGCGGUUUCGCUUUGUGGAUUGUCUCUAAGUGUGAACCUCUACUAUGUUGCAAUCAACUACACAUCUGCAACAUUUGCUGCUGCUACGACCAACACAAUUCCUGUCAUUACAUUCAUUAUGGCUGCCCUGCUGAGGAUGGAAAGUGUUUCUGUAAAACAUGUUCAUGGAAUUGCAAAGAUAAUGGGUUCUGUUUUAGGUGUCUCUGGUGCAUUAGUGUAUGCUUUUGUGAAGGGACCAAAUGUUAAGUUCAUGAAUUGGUACUCAUCUGCACAAAACCAAAUAGCAGAUUCAUCAGAAACAGUUUCCUCAAGAGGGGAUUUCAUCAAAGGCUCUCUUAUCAUGCUCUCCGCGAACACGGCUUGGGCUCUGUGGAUUGUUUUGCAGGCUCCAAUUGUGAAGCAAUAUCCGGCGAAACUACGUCUUACGGCUCUGCAAUGCUUCUUUAGCUGCAUACAAUCAGCAGUUUGGGCUGUUGCCGUUGAACGGAAUCCAUCCGCUUGGAAGCUCGGAUGGGAUUCCCAUCUUCUUGCAGUGGCUUAUUGUGGUGUGAUAGUGAAUGGCAUCACUUACUGGCUACAAGUUUGGGCAAUAGAGAACAAAGGACCAGUCUUCACUUCAAUGUUCACUCCAUUAGCACUAAUUAUUACUGCAAUUAUCUCUGCAUUGAAGUGGAAAGAAACACUUCACUGGGGCAGCCUUGGUGGGGCAGUUUUGCUGGUGAGUGGACUCUACAGUGUGUUAUGGGGAAAGAAUAAAGAAGAAGCAAAAAGUAGUUCACAAAAUCCACAAAAUCAGGAGGUGGAGGAGGACUAUAAUAAUAAUAAUAAUAAUAAUAAAGAGGAUGUUGUAUGAGUUGAGAGAGACCCAUCAAAAGAAAGAACGGGUUUUACAUGUUGUUCUCUAGAAGCAUGUGUAUAUUAUUAGACUUUGUAGGAGAUGAUUGUGCAAUUCACAAAUUAAGAAUGUGAAGAGAAGAGAAAAACAAAACAAAACAAAACAAAAGGGAAUGGUUAAUUACCAUCCCU